UCUCAAUUGGUAUCAUUCAUUUGUCUGAACUUCAUCAUAUAACAUUCAUUUAAAAAUGGCAUUUAAGUUCGUUGUUUUGUGCUCAGUCUUGGCUGUUGCCAGCGCUGGAAUCAUCGCUGAACCAUCAUAUACUUCAUACUCAGCACCAGCUCAUUCAUCAUCAUUCACAAAGACUCUUUCUUACACCGAACCAAAAGCUGCUUAUGUUGCUUCACCAGCUGUAGCUACAUACUCAUCAUAUGAUCCCCAUCAUUAUCAACCAACCCAUACCGUCAUUGCCACACCCCACUACGAACAUGGACAAUCCGAACAAAACAUCGUAAGAUCAGCUCAUGGAACAGUCAGCCAAAUUUCAAAGUCAGUUGAUACACCAACAUCUUCAGUCCGUAAAUACGUAAACACAAAGACUAGUGAUGGUUACAAUACUGUUUCAUAUGCUCCAGCUUAUGUUCAACAGCCAGCCGUUUUGGCCAAGACAGCAAUUGUUAGCCAACCAGCACACUAUGUCCACCAUCAACCAGCUACCACAUACGUUCAACAACCAACAACUUAUGUACAUCAACAACCAGCCCAAUAUGUUCAUCAUCAACCAACUGCUUACGUCCAACAACCAACAACUUAUGUCCACCAACAACCAGCUACAACAUACGUUCAACAAGCUCCAAUCCAAAAGACAUACGUCAGCCAACCAGCUGUAUAUGCUCAACACGCCCCAGUUGUUGCUACAAAGGUUCAAUACAGCCCAGCUGUUGAAGUUGCUCAUGUUAACUUCGAAUCACCAAUUGCUCAUUAUGGUUGGUAAACAAAGAUGCAAAAGAUGCUAACAGAUUGAAUGAAUUAACAUUUAAUUUAUAAAUUCGAAAUUAAAAUUCCUUUUUGUUCUCAAUAAAAUGACAUGAAAUUUUGAUAAGAAAAUAA